AUGAUUUUUUUCGUCAUUAUUAUUAUCUUAGCAGUUAGUGGAUUAUCGGCAUCGACUAAUAUUGAAUGUAGUUUUGGAUUUGGUAGCUAUCCUGUUGUAGGUGACAUUUAUCGCUGCUCAGUCAAUAACAAUCCAAACAUUUUAACAGAAGAAUCAGCAGAAAUCAGCAGAAUUAGUGGAACACAUGAACGUUCAAAAAGCAACAGGAAUGUUCUUGGAUUUCGUGCCGUCAACACACUGAUCCAGGUCUUCCCAAAAGGUUUAGAAAAGUUCUUUAAACAUCUGAAAGUGAUUCACAUCGAAUCGUGUCAAUUAAAAGAAAUUCAUCAGUCAGAUUUGAAAGAUUUUCCUGAUUUAUUUUAUUUUUCAUUAAUUUUUAAUGGAAUUGAAGUGAUUGAAGAAGACCCAAAUGUUUUUGAUCAUUUAAGCCAAUUAAAAUAUUUUUGGAUUAAUGUUCCUUGCGUUCAUCAGCAAAUUGAUAAUUCAAGACAAAAAGUUCUAGAAGCUAUAAAGACUGUCAAAUCCAACUGCUCAGAUUCCGAAAUUUUUUACCUUAAAACUCAACUUGAAAGCCAACUUAAAAGACUUGAAAUUGAGUCAAAAACUUUAAAUUCUACAAAUUUAAGCUCAAAACUGCAAGAAUUUGAAAAAAAAUUUGAAAAUUCAAAAACAUUUAUAAAAAAUCAGUUAAAAAAGCGAUUUGAAAAAGUUAAAUUAAAUAUUUGUUCAAAUUGUCGACAAAUGGCUAAACUUGAAUCUAUGGACACAAGAAUUGCUAGCUUUGAGGACAUAAAGGAUCAAAUUGAAGAUCAAGCCUCGUUUUUUAAUGAUUUUUUUAAUAUUCUCAAUAAGUUAAAAAUCAAUCGCAAUGAAUUUCAAGAAUUAUAUAAUAAAACUAUUGAACAACUUGAAGCUAAAGGUCAGCAUAAAUCACAAGCUGUUUCCAUUAAUGAGCUCGAAUCUAAAGUCAGUCAGAUUAAAAUCACAAGCAUGCAACUUAGUUAUUCAUUAAAUAAUGCAAUAAAUUCUAUUGGGGGCAUUAAAGUUAAUCUUAUAUCAGUCAAUGCAAACUUAAAAACAACUCAAGAAUCCAUAAUGUUAAUGCAUAAUGACACCAAAGAAGCUAUAACAAAGAUCAGUGCCUUACAAAAUGACACAAUUAAAUCCCUCGACAACCUCAAAUCAUCUCAAGAAUCUAUUAAAUCAUCAUUAAAUUCAUUUAAAAAUGACUGUCGUUUGGCACAAGAUGAACUUAAAGUGUCGAUGACCAAAUUAAGUGAAAUUUUAAAAAAUCAUAAGCAAGAGUCAAAAACUAAUCAAAUUGAGAUAAAAAGCAUGUUAAAUUCAAUUAAAAAAGAUUCAAUCGUUGCGGAUGUAGCUUCAGUGGCAGGAGCUACAGCUGAUAUAGUUGGUAAUGUUGCUAAAGUUACUGCAUCUGGAGUCGGUAUACUUGGUACUGUAAUUGGUGCAGCCGGUGGUCUAUUAGGUGGCUUAAUAGGUGGACUUUUUGGUGGUGUUUUAGGAAGUGGAAGUUCCUCAACUUCUCAAAACGAUGUCAAAUCAUUAAAAAAUGACCAAAAAGUUAAUUUCAAUUUGCUAUCUGAAAUCAAGACUGGGUUGCUUAAUCAAUCGAAUCAAAAAGUGAACAAUGUGUCAAAUAUAUUCCAAAUUGAUGUCCAAAUGUCAUUUAAAUCAUUCGAGUCUGAAGAAAUGAAGCAGUUAGAUCAAAUCAAACAGUCACAAAAGGCUUCAGUUGAUUCAAUCGAUAAAUUGAAUUCUAAAGCUAAUCAAAUACAAUCAACAAUAAAUCAUGCAAUUUUAGGUUUAAAGCUGACUCAAGAAUCUGUAAAAUCAUCUUUCGAUAGUCACAGAGAUGAUUAUAAAGUAGCUCAAGCUAAACUAGCUGGUUUGGUCAAUCAAAUUGGAGAAAAUGUAAAUAAACAUGACGAUGCAUUUAAAAUAUUCCAAAAUCAGGUUCAAGUGACUUUUAAGACACUUCAAUCUGAGCAAAGAAAACACAGCGAUCAACUGAAGUUGUUCCAAGAUUUAAUUAAGUCUUCCUUCAGAGAUAAUUUUGAUGUUUCACAAAAAUUGGUUCUUUCAUCAUUAAAUAAAAUAGCAGAAAAGCUAAAUGAGCACAUUCAAGAGUCCAAAUUGAAAAAAAAUGACAUUAUUUGUACUUUUGAGUUGCUUCAAAAUCGGACUAAAUUGUCAAGUAAUAAUUUUAGUAACUUUUAUGUAACUUUGACUAAAAUAACCGAAACUCUAUAUGACCAAAGUGUCCCAAUUUUAAUCUUAUUGUUAGCUUUAACAUUAUUUCUUUUAAUAAUUGUAAUUUCAUUGAUUAUUUUUACCAAAAAGUCAAUUCAAAAGCGCAUAAAAAUGCUCAAAAUUUCCACUGCUUCUUCCAUUGGAAAAUUAAGUUCUAAAGUCUUUUAUGAUCAAGCUCCUGCAUCUGGAACUGGUGUAAGACAUCGUUUAAUAAAUGCAAUUGCAACAUCAAAAUCAUCAGAUGGACAGAUUUACUCACAAGAAAUGGUUGACUUAACCUCAAAUAAAAUAACAAAAAGCACAAAUUCUGAACAGCAAAAAACCAAAUUAAAUAAUGAUGAAGAUACUCUCAAUUUGAUACAGAAUCAGAUGAAACUAAUCCAAGACAUGACCGAUGUUUCCAAUGAAAAGUUAAACUCUAAAGUUGACGAACUUUUAUUUUUUAAUGCUAAUCAAAAUUCUCCAUUAAAUGAAAUUAUCAGUGAGGUCGGUGAAGUUCGAGAGAACCAAAAACAGUUUGAAGAUUCAUUAAAGUCAAUCAAAUACUCGCAAGAUUCACUUCAGUCAUCUCUUAGUGACCUGAAAACGAACUUUGAUGAAUACAAGAAUUUUACUGAGUCUUCAAUUAGGAGCAUUUUGGAGGUUUUGAAAGAGAUUCAAGAAUCUGUUAGGAAAUGA